AUGUCAUUCGAUUCUUUCCAAAUCAUCUUUGUUGACCCAUCCAAACCUGGGCAACCGAGACAGCCUUUCCGUUCAGCCGUUAUUGCUGCGGAGAUCGUCGAUACAAAUGAUGUAACUGCUUCUGACUAUAAAGUCACUGACAUUCGUGAAGUGGGAGAAAAAGAAAACGAAGAUGCUAACGAUUCCGAUUCCGAUGAAGAUCAAGAAGAAAAUGGCGAAGGAGAAAGCUCCUCCAAGAUUGUAAAAAGUCGAAUCUGGUGCCGUGAUUCUACAAGAUUGCUGUUGAAAGUUAUCUUGGAUACCGACACAGAUGGCAAGAUUAGAGCUGCUAAAAGAAAUAAGCAAAGGAUUGGCCGUAUUUGGAUUGAUCUCUUCGAAGCUUUUAAAAAUGAGCCAGGAUUUGAUAAUCUACCACAAAAGUUCAAGUCAUCAGUAAAUAUCUUCAAAUGCAAUAACAAGUUUAAGUUAUUGAAAAAGAGCUUCGAGCAAUCCUUAGACAGAGACUCUACUCAAGCUGGUGGUGAUGUUGGUCACUCACGUGGGACUUGGUUCGACGAACUGCGUAAGAUCACUUUGAAUGACCCGUCAUUUAAUGCCCCAGCUUUGGAUUCAAGUGAAUUAGACUCCGUGAAGCCUACAAUCACUCGCAAGCCCCCAACUCAAAAAAUAACCAAGGAACACAUUGACUCUUCCCAUCCUUUAGAGAUCAUUUACGAACGAUUUGUACCAGUUGAAGAGCCUGAAACCAUCUGUCCUAGCACUGCAAACCGUCCUAUCUUCCCCCAUCGUGUUCAGCCCCAAUAUAAUGAUGAUAUGAACUCUGCAUUAGAGCUUAUGGCUACAUCACAUACAUCUAUAAGUGAAGACAUGAGAUUGUCGGCCCUUAGCCUUAUGGAUUCUUUUGUUGGAACAAGUGAAGAAAAAGCGCAGAAGAAGAGAAGGGUUGACAAGGUGAUUGAGAUUUGGGAAAGGCAUACAGCAACAUAUGAGAAAGAUGUGAAGACGAGGGCUAGAAAAGAAAGUAGAAAGGAGAGAGAGGCAGAGGCAAAAAACGUAGAUCGAGAAAGAAGAGCAAGAAGAGAUGAAGAACUUCUUUUAAAACAAAGAAGAAUGAAUGAUAUGCUGGCAAGAAUCAUUCAGCGAAACGAUAAAGGCAGCAAUAGUCAAAACACUGAUAAUGGUGAGACGUAA